AUGGGUGGUGCAAAAAGGAAGGACGCGGCUGUAAGAUUGUCCACCCCAAAUCCCAGCCCCACUGUACACAAAUCAGGGCCAUUUCUGAAGAUGAUCCUGCUGGUUCUGUUUUUCCUGGGACUGGCAGAAGCCUGCAUUCCCCGGGAAGUAGCAACUGAAGAAAAAAGUUUGCUGAGCCUCCAGGUGCUGAACGAAGAAUCAAAUGGCUGCAAGGAAGAAGUGAAGUUUCUCCCAACUACCACCACCCCCAAGAAGCCACUGAAGAAAAAAACCAGAUGGAAUGCGUUGAGAUGCACCUACAUGAUGCUCACCUUCUUGUUCGUGUCCUACAAUAAAGGAGACUGGUGUUACUGCCAUUACUGUAACCCAGAAUUGGACAACAGAAACGAUCCCUGCUGUGCUUUCUAG